CCUGUCCGUCAUGUUGCACAAAACUUUUCAUAUUUUUUCACAUAUGGCUCACCAUUUCGCAAUGCGAACAAUUUUCAAUGCAAAAAUUGGCGAUGCAGCCUACAUCCAGGAUGAACUGUCUUCGUCGCUAUCCUCUUCUGUGGCCAGCAAAUUCAAAGAAUUUUCGAAGCGCAAACGCAUUUCGGACAGUUUCUCGGAUCUUUCAGAAGAACUUGAGAGAAUAGGUUUGCGACAGAUGAGGAAACGCAUUAAGUUGGAGAAAUCGUUCGAAAGAACACCCAAAAAGAAGGUCCAGACCAAGAAGCAUUUACCACCGGUUCGGAAGAAGGAUACAUCUGGAAAUCGUGGCUCAUUUGGCUUGCGACAAAUGAGGAAGCGCGUUAAGUUGGAGGACACCGACGAGAAGUCUUACAAAAGAUCUCCCAAAAUGAAGGUCAUAUCAAUGAAGCAGUCACCUCUGAAGGGACCGGCUCCAAUCAUAUUGCGUAAAAAGUUUGGAAUCUACGUAGCUAGUGUUUGGACUAGUGCUGGCUACGUCUUGGUGAUCCGGGAACCGUCUGCAGUUGAAACAACCAAUAGCAGUUCGGUCAGUUGGCUUGGGGAGCAGUAAUUUUACCACAAUAUGAAUACUGAAUAUUUAGUCUGUAUUAUAUAUAUAGU